AUGAAAUUUCAAACCCUAAUUCUUCUCAUACUUCUUCUAAUAGCCUCUGCUUCUUCAAGGAAACUACCUUCGCCGUCGGUUGGUGGUUAUACCCCAAUCGAAGACAUCAACGAUCCUCACGUCAUCGAAAUCGCUAAUUUCGCCGUCAAUCAGUACGACAAGCAAAGUGGUGCGAAACUGAAGCUUAAUAAGGUAAUCAAAGGUGAAUCUCAGGUUGUUGCAGGGACUAACUACCACCUCACUCUCUCCGCCGGCGAAGGUUCCGUUUCGAAGAUCUAUGAAGCUGUUGUGUAUGAGAAGUUAUGGCUUCACUUCCGAAAUCUCACUUCCUUUGAACCCGCACAUGCUUAA